UCUCUGUGACGCAGUUCCGUCUCCGUGACUAGCUGACAUGGAAGCUUCCAUGCGCAUACCAUCUGAGCUGUAAACGCACUGAGUGAUAUUCAGACACUUUUCUUUGUUUUGUUUUCGUGUUUGUUUUUUAGAUAUGAGGUAUCUGCUCCGCCUGGGCCGCUCCUUCGCCCGCCUCCAUGUCCGGUUAUGUCACCAGAGUGUUUACAGCAGCCAUUCAAACCCACGAAGACUGGCAGUGGACCUUGGCAAGAAGAAGCUUGAGAUCUCUACCGGGAGGCUUGCUAGAUUUGCUGAUGGCUCUGCUGUAGUUCAGUUGGGCGAUACGUCUGUGAUGGUGACUGCUGUGAGCAAAACCAAACCCUCUCCGUCACAGUUCAUGCCUCUUGUGGUGGACUACAGACAGAAAGCAGCUGCUGCAGGUCGAAUUCCCACUAACUAUUUGAGGCGAGAGCUUGGCACCACUGACAAUGAGAUCCUCACCAGCAGACUCAUAGACAGAUCCAUCAGACCCCUGUUCCCUCCUGGUUACUUUUAUGAUACUCAGGUCCUUUGCAACCUGCUGGCAGUUGAUGGUGUCAAUGAUCCAGAUGUGCUGGCUAUUAAUGCAGCUUCCGCUGCUCUGGCCUUGUCUGACAUCCCCUGGAAUGGACCCAUAGGUGCUGUGCGUGUGGGCAUGGUGGACGGAGCGUUGCUGGUCAACCCCACUCGGGCAGAGAUGUCUUCCAGCAUCCUCAACCUGAUUGUGGCCGGAGCCCCCAGCAGUCAAGUGGUGAUGAUCGAGGCGUCAGGUGAGAAUGUGAUGCAGCAGGACUUUUGCCAUGCAGUGAAGGUGGGAGUUAAACACACCCAGCAGAUCAUACACGCCAUCCAGCAGCUGGCACGAGAGCAGAAGGUCACCAAACGUACCCCAGUCAAGAUCUUCUCAGCCCCAACGGAAAUGGUGGAACAUGUUCGACAAUCCGCUUCUGAGAAGAUCUAUGCAGUUUUCACUGAUUAUAGUCACGACAAGAUUUCAAGAGAUGAAGCUAUCAACAAAGUUCGACUAGAAACUGAAGAGGACCUAAAAGAAAGAUUCCCUGAGGCUGACUCCUUUGAAGUCAUUGAAUCCUUCAACACUGUGACCAAAGAAGUCUUCCAAAAUUUGGUGCUAAAUGAGUACAAGAGAUGUGAUGGGAGGGAGUUGACUGCCUUACGGAACAUUUCCUGUGAUGUCGACCUCUUUAAACCGCUGCACGGCUCCGCUCUGUUCCAGAGAGGACAAACACAGGUGCUGUGCAGUGUCACAUUUGACUCCCUGGAAUCCAGUGUCAAAGCAGAUAUUAUCACCACAGCUCUGAGUGGCAUCAAAUCCAAAAAUUUCAUGCUUCACUAUGAGUUCCCUCCAUAUGCAACUAAUGAGAUUGGAAGGAUGGGCGGCAUGAACAGGAGAGAGCUCGGACAUGGGGCCCUGGCUGAGAAAUCUCUGAGACCAGUCAUUCCUAAAGACUUCCCUUUCACUAUACGGGUCACCUCUGAGGUGCUGGAGUCAAACGGAUCCUCCUCGAUGGCUUCAGCGUGUGGAGGCAGCCUCGCUCUAAUGGAUGCAGGUGUGCCCAUCUCCUCUGCUGUGGCAGGUGUAGCAAUCGGACUCAUUUCCAAGGCCAACCCAGAGAAACCUGCUGACAUCCAAGACUACAGAUUAUUAACUGAUAUUCUGGGAAUAGAGGAUUACCUCGGAGACAUGGACUUCAAAUUGGCAGGAACAAACAAAGGCAUCACUGCUUUACAGGCUGACGUGAAGAUCCCAGGUUUGCCUCUGAAGGUGGUCAUGGAGGCUAUCCAGCAGGCCACAGUGGCAAAGAGGGAAAUCCUGGGCAUCAUGAACAAAUGUAUAGCAAAGCCCAGAGAGACGAGGAAAGAGAACGGACCUCUUGUUGAAACUGUCCGGGUGCCUGUUUCGAGACGAGCACGCUUUGUUGGUCCAGGGGGCUAUAACCUUCGUAGGCUGCAAGCUGAAACAGGUGUGACAAUAAGUCAGGUGGACGAGGAGACUUUCUCUGUGUUCGCUCCAACACCAGGAGCCAUGCAUGAAGCCCAAGAGUUCAUCAGUGAAAUCUGCAAAGAUGAUCAAGAGCAGCAGCUGGAGUUUGGUGCUGUCUACACUGCCACCAUCACUGAGAUAAGGGACAUUGGUGUAAUGGUGAAACUUUAUCCCACCAUGAGUGCUGUCCUGCUGCACAACUCACAACUGGACCAUAAACGGAUCAAACAUCCAAGUGCUUUGGGUUUAGAGGUGGGGCAGCAGAUACAGGUCAAGUACUUUGGACGGGAUCCAACAGACGGCAGAAUGAGACUUUCACGGAAGGUGCUCCAGUCUCCUGCUGCAUCCGUUGUCAAGACACUUAGUGAGAGACAGAGCAUCUCCAUGGGUUCAAACAGCAGCCAAACGACCAACACUGACUUGUGACACGCCAGCAUGACAGGCUAACUUCCGGCUUUGGAUAUAAACUGAGUAGAUUUUGCUGCAACAUACUUCUGUUGAGGAAUCUACCAAACCAAGAGCAUCAGAUCUCGUCACAAACUGAACUCAGUGCUGUACAUGAAGAGGUUUACCCUGCUGCUGUGGGUCUGGAUGAGGUUAAACUGCACCGGAGGGAAACACAGCUCAUCAUAUACAGCGUCCUGCAGUCAUCGUGCUUCAGUGGAUGUGCACAAACUGAGAAGUGUGCUUGGGGAGUAAUGAGCAGGAGACACAUUUUCAACAAGUAUAGAUGUUUUAUUUUUAAAUAUCCCCUUUUUAUGGUGUCUUGUUUUCAGAUUUGCCACCUCAGCUAUCAUUAACAGCAUCAAGCAGUAAGAGGGUUUCCUUAGUUUCUUCCAACACAGUAGCUUUCACCCAACAGACACAGUGCAAUGUCACAACGAUUUUCUUAUUCAUGUGUGAUAAUACUGCCUCUUGUGGUAUGGGACUUCCAUAUUUGGUGUCAAGAGUGUGUGAGUGUCUCCUCUAAA